CCCAUCAUACAGCACACGAUACGAUGACCAAGGAUGGUUAAGUACGAAACGCCACAGCCUCCAAAAGUUUAAAAGCCCCUUGAUUUGUUUUGAUCCGCAACGCACCAACAAACCUGACACGAUGUGAUUUCUUUAAAGCUUUUUAGCCAACAAACGAGCCAAGGACCGGGCAACAACAGCUGCUAAUCAGCCGCUGACACCAUAAUUACUAGGGGGAUGCUCUCUUGCCUUCGUCCUCCGCUGCCUCGUUCCUGCUCCUCCUUACUCUACCUGACCAGCUCCCCAGCCGGGACAGAGUCCACGACGACGACGACCUUUCUUUCCCCCUUGUGCCUCUCUCCGGAUCCUAGCUCUCUUGCUCGCUCGAUCGACUCCCUCGUCGCCCAGUCCAGCCCCCGGAAAAAAAUCAGAUCGACCGAGUCGCCGUGAAGCCACCGCGGAGAGAGAGCACACAGCGAGCGAGCGCGGGCGGCAUGAAGUCUAUGGGCACCCGCGACAAGCUCGCGGCGGCGUCGGGCCACCGCCGCGUCCUCUUCGUCGUCUUCGCCUCCUGCUUCGCCUUCGCCACCUUCCUCACCUUCCUCUACACCACCUCCAACUUCGCGACCGCGCCCGGCUCUGCCUCCGCAUCCACAGCGAGCUCAACCACCACCACCUCCUCCGGCUCCAGCGGCGGCGGUGGCCAAGCCGGGCUUCCGCUGCCGGUGUUCGAGGCGCUGGUCCACUUCGCGUCGAUCUCGAACGCGACGCACCGGAUGUCGGACACGGACAUCCGCGCCAUCUCCGCGGUCCUCCGCGCGCGCGCGCCCUGCAACCUGCUGGUGUUCGGGCUGGGCGCGGAGUCCCCUCUCUGGCUAGCUCUCAACCACGGCGGGCGGACGGUGUUCCUGGAGGAGAACGAGUUCUACGUCAAGUACCUGGAGCCGCGUCACCCGGGGAUGGAAGCCUACGACGUGUCCUACACCACCAAGGUGCGGGACUUCCGUGACCUGCUGGCGGCGGCGCGGGCGUCGCGGCGGAAGGAGUGCCGCCCCAUCCAGAACCUGCUCUUCUCCGAGUGCCGCCUCGCCAUCAACGACCUACCCAACGACCUCUACGACGUGCCCUGGGACAUGGUCCUCAUCGACGGACCCUCCGGGUGGAACCCCAACUCGCCCGGCCGGAUGCCGUCCAUCUUCACCACCGCCGUGCUGGCGCGGUCCGGCGCCACGGCAGCCAAGGGCCGACCCACCGACGUGCUGGUCCACGACUUCCAGUUCGAGGUGGAGCAGGUGCUCAGCAGGGAGUUUCUGUGCGACGAGAACCGCGUCGCCGGCAGCGGCACCCCGUCGCUCGGCCACUUCGUCAUCCCCGGUGCCGGGGCCGGAGCUGGCGACGCCUUCUGCGCCGGACAGGAGGACGGCGGCUCGUCGGAGGAGUCGGGGGAGAAGACGCGCCGCCGCCGCCGCCGCAAGUAAAAUUUACUUGUCAGUCAAAGGCAUUAGCCGACAGCCACGGAGUCGCCCUUCUUGGCUUGGCUAGCUAAUCUUCACCGCUCCUCCUCACUCAGCUGUUAAUUUUUUUUUUGGGUAUUUUUUUCUUGCAUAUAUAUAUUUGUUGUUUUGUUUCUGGGGGUAAGAACUGUAAGAACAACCCUGGUAAUACGAUUUCACCACACACACAAAAAAAAGGAAAAGAGGAGAAGUGAUGUAACAACAACCCUGAAAAUAUAUAUACUAGCUCCUAGCUUUACACAUCGGUUCACAUUACACUGACAGGAGAAAAGGAUGUGAUCAUGCAAUGACAAAUCCGACGGUUUGUAGGAACGAUUUGGUAGCUGCUUGCUGGUGGUGGUGGUGGCGGUGAGACGGCGAUUGCCGAGCGGGAUGCCGGGAUCCAGGUCCAGGAUGAACGAAGGAACAAGGAACAACGGAGUGUGUGGUGCAGUGCAGUGGUGGUGGUUGGAUCUCGUCUCAGUACAGUGGCAUUUCUUUUUUUUUUUA